AGCUGGCCCUGACGCGCGGCGCCUCGGCGGCGGGCGAGCAGCUGCUGCUCCUGACCCAGCAGCUGCGCGAGAGGGACGAGGAGAUCGCCGCCAUGAUCGAGGCUCGGGAGUCGAUGGACCGGCAGCUGGAGCAGCUUCGGAAGCAGCUGGAGGACAAAGACAAGGCCGCCAACAGGCCCGUGAAGAAGGCCAGUGAUGACGGCAGCCUGGCCGAGCUCGGGAGGGUGAAGGCAGAGUUGGCAGAGAUGGCCGAGGAGAAGCUGCAGCUGGAGAAGCAGGUUGCGCGAUUACGAGCAAUACUGCAGUCUCUUGGCUACGAUCCGGACAACCUCUCGGAUGAAGACCUUGAGAACCCGCGCGUGUCGGCGCAGGCCACGAAGGAGAUCGAGAGCACCAAGCAGCUGUUGGCCAGCGCUAAGGAGCUGAAUCGCGAUCUGCGCAAGCAGGUGGACGACCUCGAGCGGCGCAUCUCGCGCGCCGACCUCCAGCUCGAGCGGCAGGAGGCGAGCGCCGCCAAGGCCGCCGGCCAGCUGCAGGCGCAGGUGCAGAGGCUCACCGCACAGCUGGCUGAUGCCCAGGCCGAGAACGAGGCUCUCAGGAAGGGGACUGCCGAGAGCGCGGCGGAGGUCGCAGAUCUCAAGACGAGCCUUGCAGAUCUCAGGAAGGCCAGCAUGUUAGUGAGGAAGGAGCUGGCGGAGAACCAAGGAGCCAUAGGCAGCGGGGCCGCAGUGGAGAAGCAGCUCCGAGAGCAGAUCGAGAGCCUCGAGGCCCAGAUCGUGGAGCUCCGGGCGGCGGCGUCCAGGUGGCAGGAGGACGCCGAGCGGGCCGAGGCGGAGCUGCGGCAGGAGAGGGACAGCGCGGCGAAGGCGCGAGCCGAGAUGGACCAGCUCCAGGAACAGCUCGACGAGCUGCGCAGAGCUGCCGCUGCCGCUGCCAAGAGGUCGAGCGGCAGCGACUCCGAGGAGCUGGAGGCGUCUCAGUCAGAGCUGAAGCAUGCGAUGGCGCGCAUCGCGGAGCUAGAGAAGCUGAAUGCCGAGCAAGAGGAGGAGAUCCGGCGGCUGAAGGAGAGGAUCAAGGUACUUAGCGCAAAGGUGACAGAGACAAAGGCACUGAAAGACGCACUGGAGGCUUCCAUGGAAGAGCUGACCUCAAAGUUCAAGCAGAUGAAGGAGAAGUUGGCAGAAUGUGGCGUGGAUACCGCUCAGUUCGACAAGAUUGUCGAGGAGCUGGGCAUCAACAUUACUCCUAUCAGCAAGCCAGGCAGCGUGUUCCAGCGGCUCUACUACGACGCGCUGAAGCGCCGCAGCGGCGCCGUAAUCCAGAAGG